AAACGUCAAAUCGAAUCAAUUCCACGGUCUGUUAAUUCGAAGUUUAAGAAAGUUAAACAAGUGUAAACACAAUGAAAACCGACAACAAUGUGUAAUAUCGAUACUCCGAAUAUAAUACGACUCCGAGUACAAAUCAAUCCAACUCCGUACACUUAUUCGCGUUUCGUGUUUAGCAAUAAAAAUCGUACAGCAAACCUAACCUCAGAAAUGUUUAUAUUAUAAUUGUGACUAGUGUAAAAUUUCUAGGUGACAAGUGAGUACCUUGCAUUGGUAGCGGUACCUUCAUUCUCUAUGUUUCAUUGAUAAACAGAAAAUUAUAACACAAUUGAAAUAAUACGAAAUUACCAUGUACAUAAAAUGCGAUGUUUUACUACUUAUAUCAUGGACGAUUGCCAAUAGUGAAUAUACAUUUUAGAAAAUAUCAGUACCUGAAAUCUAAGUUAAUUGUAAAGAUGAAACGCAAACCAAAAGUGAUAGCAACUGAUGCAACAGCCCCAAAGAAACAACAUUGGGCAACAGGUUUACUUGUUUCUAUGGAAGAUCCUGAUCUUAAAGUGAAGGAGGAUGAUAAAGUGGUUGUCAUCAAAGACAAAUAUCCAAAAGCCCAAUUUCAUUUCCUGGUCUUACCAAAAGUAAACAUACCUUCUUUAUGGCAUGUAAAAAAAGAAAAUGAAGAUUUGUUGCUUCACAUGGCUAAAGUUGCAGAAGAUAUAACUAAGGAACAUAAGGAUUCAGAAUUUUUUAUUGGAUAUCAUGCUGUACCUAGCAUGCAACGGUUACACUUGCAUGUAAUUAGUACAGACUUCAACAGUUCCUGUUUAAAAACAAAAUAUCACUGGAACUCGUACACAACUCCGUUCUUUUUACAUUCUAAGGAUAUUUGCAAGGAGUUGCACGAGAAAGGCGAGCUCAAGAAGCUGAAAACCGAGGACAGCGCCGAGCAUCUUAAUACUCCACUAAAAUGUCACAAAUGUCCCGCCACUCCGAAAAAUAUGCCCGAGUUGAAAAAACACUUGUUGACACAUUUACCGAAUCGAAAAAGUAGCGGCAGCUCCGAUUAAUGUAGCGAUGAUAAAUGACCAUCGCGAACGGGACAAUUUGAAUUAAAGUUAAUUAUUUGCAAUAGCGACGACACCACCGAUUUCAUUAGUAUAAGAGUAUGUUGGAUGGGGCAUGUCGCUGAAUUUUUAUGACAAUUUUCUUCGUUGAUCCGGUUUCGUUUCCAAACCGAAGCACUCCUAGUACGAAGUACCCAAAACUCUCUAAUAAAUAUAUCUUAACUUAAAUUGUUAUCAAAACAUUCGAUGACAUGUCCCCCUAUACAUACUCGAAGGACGUUGAAAUCGGCGAGUUCAACGCUAUUGUAAAUCAUUGCCGAAUUGAAUAAUGAAUUAUCUAUUUUAACAAUUAAAUGUCUUUCUCCAUUCUGUGGUUCCCUAAGUUAUAGCCAAGCUUAACGCAAAACAUAUUGUUAUCUUAUCUAGUAUCAAUUAGCGUUAAAGAUCCAGAAGCCCAGGAAUGGGCAAGUGGGCUCUACGAGUAUAAACAUCACGGGACAUUGGUGAAGCACAGCUACGAGCCAUAUGACGUCACAGUGAGAUAAGACGGUAGAAAUAAUCGUAGUAAUGGGGACGAUCCAGCACUUAUCGCGUACACUCGCAUACUAACAACGCCGAUACGACCCAUUCCUGCGGUGCUUCCUAUCAGUCAUUCUUAUUGUGACCGUCACUUUCCUUUCGCGUACUCCGCGACGAGACCCACUCUAUACCUGAGAGUCAAAGUUGUUCAUUCCUGUCGUAGACAUUUGAACGCUGACGUGGUCAAAAGUACGAUUUUAGAAUAUUCAAUGACUAGGCGAUGUAAUUAGUGCGAAAUGUACGUUAAGGUUCUGGUAAAAAAAAAAAAUAUAUAUAUAUCAUUCUA